GUUGGCCAGUUUAUAGUCCGAGACCCACUAGUCUAAUAGCUAUAUAAGCUCCGCCCGCCGCUCGAGCCAAAAACAUUUGUGUGGCCUGUGUGAACGCGUAAGAUCAGAAUGAAGUUUCUGUUGGUUAUUCCACUGCUGGUGGCUGCGGUCUCUGGCCAAUUUGGCUUCGGCGGUAGACGCGGAGGUGGAUUGGGGGGUGGAUUGGGGGGUGGAUUCGGAGACGGACUGGGGGGAGGACUGGCCGGAGGUCUAACUAAUGCAGCAAACGCAAUUCAGGGUGCUGCGAGCAACAUUGCCAGCGUGGUGCCCAAGGUGCCUCUGCUGUCGAAUGUCCAGAGCUUCGGUGACUUCUUGUCUCAAUCUGGUAAGACGUACCUCAACGCCGCCGAUCAGGCUCUGCACGAGGGAGCCUUCGCGGCCACCAAGAACCUGGUGGAUGCCGGAAACCAGGCCUUCGCCCAAGGAACCGCCACCUUCAAGCAGGCGGUGAACGCCUUCGCCGAUCUGACCAACGCCGAGUUCCUGCAGCAGCUGACCGGUUUCAAGCGAAACCCCGCGGCCAAGGCCCGUGCUGCCGCCAGCCUGAAGCAGGUGGAGCUGCCGCCAACCCCCGUUCCGGACUCCUUCGACUGGCGCGAGCACGGAGGCGUCACCCCGGUGAAGUUCCAGGGCACCUGCGGAUCCUGCUGGACAUUCGCCACCACCGGUGCCAUCGAGGGCCACACCUUCCGCAAGACGGGCACGCUGCCCAAUCUGUCCGAGCAGAAUCUGGUGGACUGCGGUCCGUCGGAGGACUUCGGCCUGAACGGCUGCGACGGCGGCUUCCAGGAGGCCGCCUUCUGCUUCAUCGAUGAGGUGCAGAAGGGUGUCUCGCAGGCGGAGACCUAUCCCUACCUGGACAGAACGGACACGUGCAAGUACGACGACAGCAAGGCCGCAGCCCGAGUCCAAGGAUUCGGCGUCAUUCCGCCCAAGGACGAGGAGGAGCUGAAGAAGGUGGUGGGCACCUUGGGACCCGUCGCCUGCUCCGUGAACGGCCUGGAGACCCUCAAGAACUACGAGGGCGGCAUCUACAACGACAACGAGUGCAACCAGGGCGAGCCCAACCACGCCAUCCUGGUCGUGGGCUACGGAUCGGAGAACGGCCAGGACUACUGGAUCAUCAAGAACUCCUGGGACGACACCUGGGGCGAGAAGGGCUACUUCCGCCUGCCGCGCGGCCAGAACUUCUGUUUGAUCGCCGAUGAGUGCUCGUAUCCUGUGGUUUAAGGGGGACCGAAAAAUAAACUGGCCAAAUCGUUUCCGCUUUUUUAAUUAAACAAAACUGACAACCAUUAAUUAAUUUUGGAUCAAUUUUUGGAUAUCCUAUGCCUGCAAUAUAUUUAUCUGCCAAACUGGUUCUAUGCAGUUCAUUCGCGAAAUGUAAAAGCUCUUAACAUAUGUUAAAAUUUCGAAUAAAGUUGGAAUACCUUGCCGAUCGGA